GUGACCGGCAGGGGAGCGGACCAAUGGGAGCGAAGCUUAGCAUCUCCCGGUUCUGGUCCCCAUCUAGAGCUGGAGAGAAUGGGCGGUGUCCUGGGAGCCUAGAGCCCGGGCGACAGGCAGGCCGGCCGGCCGGAGGAGCUGGCGUGAUACACUAGCUGUGCCCAGGCUCCCGGGGAAAGCGCUGCUGCGGCAACUUUAAAGGGAGUCUUCUGAGAUCCUCGCAGCAGCUCACUCCCUCAGCCUUCCUUUCUUUCCGUUUUUCUCCCCACCCGUCUGCACAUCCUGUGUUUUAUUCUAUUUCGCUCCAGUAAGGCUGGGGAGGAGGAUGAAUUGCGUUGACUGUGGUUGAAAAGAAGCUGUUGGCUUCGGGAAGGCGCGGGAGGCAGGAUGCUGAUCUGGGCUGCAGGCGUGGAGGUGACUACGGCCCUGACAUUGCAUAAGUGCAAGGCUGUGACUCAUCAAACCAUUUACUAAGGCAUGGAAUGGUUGCAAUGUGCAUUGAUAGAAGUACAUGCCCUGAUGAAAUUGUGGAAACUUGGAGUAUUGAGGUUGAGACAAGAAUGCACAUCAUGUCACCAGGAGGUGGAGGCAGAAGUGUUCCAGUCCCAUACUUCAUUCCCUGUCCUAGGCAAGGAUUACAGCCACUCCAUCCAGAAUCAUAGCAGGACAAGACCAGGACCUGACUAUUCCAUCCAAGAGUCCAGGAAUGGACUAUUAUUCCUGGUACUGGAACAAAGUCCCAACUAAAAAAAAAACAACAACUGAGGGUGGAGACAUAAGUAAACAGAAGCAAACAGAAUACAGUGAAAAACAAUAUUGUUUAAGGAUCCGAAGCAAUGAUGGUCAGAGAUUGUCAGGAGGACAAUGCUAAGGACUGCUUUUUUGGUUAAUGUUGCAUAAAAAGCACAAAGUGUCUCUCGGUGUAGUGCAGACUAUUAGGACCUUUCUUUCACCAACAUUACAGGAAACAUGUCCAAAAAGAACCGCAACAAGGGCGAAAAGCCUGAAAUGGAAAUAGAAGCGGUACAGGCAGCCAAUGAAGAGCUUCGGGCUAAGUUGACCAACAUUCAGAUAGAAUUUCAACAGGAGAAGAGUAAGGUGGGGAAGCUGCGGGAGAAAAUCCAAGAAGUCAAGCAAGAGAGAGAACAGGAGCAGCACAAACACACAGCCUACAUCUCUGAGCUGAAGGCAAAACUGCAUGAAGAAAAGAUGAAGGAGCUUCAGGCACUCAGGGAGGCACUCAUCCGGCAGCAUGAGCAGGAAGUUGCUCGCAUGGUCAAAAUUAAGGAUGGGGAGGUGCAGCGAUUGCAGACCACAGUGAAUGUUUUGAGAGAUGGUGCAGCUGACAAAGUGAAAACAGCUUUAUUGAAUGAGGUCAGAGAAGAAGCUCGGAAAUCAUUUGAUGGAGAACGCUUAAAGCUGCAGCAGGAAAUAUUGGAGCUAAAAUCUGGGAAGAAGCAGGUUGAGGAGGCUUUGAACAAUUUUAUGCAAGCAGAUAAGAUGAAGGCUGCUGACUUGCGCAUGGCUUAUCAGUCUCACCAGGAUGAGAUCAAUCGAAUAAAAAGGGAAUGUGAGCGGGAUAUCCGCAGACUGAUGGAUGAGAUAAAAGGCAAAGACAGAGUGAUCCUGGCCUUGGAAAAAGAUCUGGGUGUGCAGGCAGGCCACACCCAAAAGUUACUUCUCCAGAAAGAGGCAUUAGAUGAACAGCUUGUACAAGUGAGAGAAGCUGAGCGUUACCACAGUAGCCCAAAGAAAGAACUUCCGGGGGGAAUUGGAGACAUCUCUGAAUUGAUGGGCUUCUCGGAGCAGCAUAUGGAUGAACGAGAUGUGCGGAGGUUUCAACUAAAAAUUGCUGAGCUCAAUGCAGUAAUUCGGAAGCUAGAAGAUAGAAAUACUCUGUUAGCAGAUGAGAGAAAUGAACUGUUGAAACGUUCUCGUGAAACAGAAGUUCAGCUAAAGCCUCUUGUUGAAAAAAAUAAGAGAAUGAUGAAGAAAAAUGAUGACUUGUUACAGAGUAUACAAAGGAUGGAAGAAAAAAUUAAAAAUCUCACAAGGGAAAAUGUAGAAAUGAAAGAAAAGUUGUCUGCCCAGGCUUCUUUAAAACGUCACACUUCCUUGAAUGAUCUCAGCCUUACCCGAGAUGAACAAGAAAUUGAAUUUUUGAGGCUUCAGGUCAUGGAACAGCAGCUAGUUAUCGAUGAUCUCUCCAUGGAAAGAGAACGCUUAUUGCGCUUGAAGAGACACAAAAGACUGCCGAAACUGCCAAAGAAGCAUGUUGUGGAGACAUUUUUUGGAUUUGAUGAAGAAUCUGUUGACUCAGAAACAUUAUCUGAAACCUCUUAUAAUACAGACAGGACAGAUAGGACACCAGCAACACCAGAGGAAGACCUGGAUGAUACCACAACCAGAGAAGAGGCAGACUUGAGGUUUUGUCAGCUGACUAGAGAAUACCAGGCUUUGCAGAGAGCCUAUGCUUUGCUUCAGGAACAAGUGGGUGGAACCCUGGAUGCAGAGAGAGAAGCCAGGACUCGUGAGCAACUACAAGCUGAUCUAAUUAGGUGCCAGGCCAAAAUCGAAGAUUUGGAGAAAUCACUAAUUGAGAAAGGACAGGACUCAAAAUGGGUUGAAGAGAAGCAGCUGCUGAUUAGGACAAACCAAGAUCUGUUAGAAAAGAUUUACAGGAUGGAAAUGGAGGCGAGUCAGCUGAAGAAUGAGAUGCAGGAUGCAAAAGACCAGAAUGAGCUGUUAGAAUUCAGAGUACUAGAACUGGAAGAGAGAGAACGAAGGUCGCCGGCAUUUAAUCUUCACAUAACCACCUUCCCGGAAAACAACGGAAGUGCCCUUCAACUGUUCUGUCACCAAGAAGGAAUAAAGGAUGUGAAUAUUUCUGAUCUUAUGAAGAAAUUAGAUAUCCUUGGAGAUAAUGGGAAUUUGAGAAAUGAAGAACAGGUUGCAAUAAUCCAAGCUGGAACUGUCCUUUCUCUGUGUGAAAAGUGGUUGAAACAAAUUGAGGGAACAGAAGCAGCACUAACACAGAAAAUGAUAGACCUGGAGAAUGAAAAGGACCUCUUCAGUAAGCAAAAGGGCUACCUAGAAGAGGAACUGGAUUAUAGAAAGCAAGCCUUGGAUCAAGCUUACAUGAAAAUCCAGGAGCUGGAAGCCACACUGUACAGUGCUCUGCAGCAGGAGCCGGGCAGGCGGGCCAGCGAGGCGCUGAGCGAGGCCCAGCGGGAGGACCUGCGAGCGGCCGUGGAGAAGGUGCGGAGGCAGAUCAUGAGGCAGAGCCGGGAGUUUGACAGCCAGAUCUUGCAUGAGAGGAUGGAGCUGCUUCAGCAGGCCCAGCAGAGGAUUCGGGACCUAGAAGAUAAAAUAGAACUUCAAAAACGACAACUGAAAGAAAUAGAGGAAAAGCAUUUAUUCUGUGGCCUUGAUGACUCCAGUGAGCCAAGAAAUCGGGAUCUAAAAAGAGCUUAUGGAGUGAACGCCUAAGUGUUGCUGCAGCCCAACCCCUUCAUCCAAAGACAAAGCCCUUCAACUUCAACCCCUUCGAGCACUGAAUGUUGACUGGACACAGCUUGAAACUGAGACAUUUUGGUGAUGAAACUGUACAUGCCACUUUUCAA